UAUCAACUCAACUAACUCAUCAUGUCUGGACGUGGAAAGGGAGGAAAGGUGAAGGGAAAGGCAAAGACCCGCUCGAGCCGUGCCGGACUUCAGUUCCCCGUUGGCAGAAUCCACCGUCUGCUGAGGAAGGGCAACUACGCCGAAAGAGUCGGUGCCGGCGCCCCCGUCUACCUGGCCGCCGUCAUGGAGUACUUGGCCGCUGAAGUCCUCGAGUUGGCCGGCAACGCCGCCCGCGACAACAAGAAGUCGAGAAUCAUCCCCCGUCACUUGCAGCUCGCCAUCCGCAACGACGAGGAGUUGAACAAGCUGCUCUCCGGCGUCACCAUCGCCCAGGGAGGUGUCCUGCCCAACAUCCAGGCCGUUCUCCUGCCCAAGAAGACCGACAAGAAGGCAUAAGUCGUCAACAGAACUCCGAAAAUCGGCCCUUUUCAGGGCCACCCAAACAAAUCAAGUAAGAGAUAUUAGGCAAUACACGAAAAAAAUUAGUUAAUAAAAAAUAUAAUUUUCUUGAUCUCCUGUGACUGUAAAUAUCGCUCAGUGAAAAUGCUAUAAUAUUUUAAAAUAUAAAAUAAACCGACCAAUGAGUGAGCCUUAACGACGAGAAAUUGUCAUUGUUUACGUUGUCAUAGCAACAAUCAGAAUUCAAACUGCGGUCGGUCAUAAUUCAUUUGAAUCUUGGCAGAGCAGCAUUAUGUCGUGAAUUCUCAUACUUUGCCAUUCCGUCUGGCAUCAUACUGAAGGACUGGAUGGAUCGCUCAUGGGACCUUCUCAGGUACUGGUCUUUGGCUAUCGUAAGUGUUUAAAAUACUCUGCGAAUUCCACCCUGAAGGCCUUUAUUGUGGCAUUUCAUUGAAAGAAGGUACACGGAUCCCAUAAUUCUACCUGAAAUUACGACUGAAUUCAAAGGUUUUUUUAAUUUUUAUACCUAAACUACCAUUUUAAUUAAAAGAAUUUCUAAAAUUUGUGGAAAUUGCACAAAUUUUUUAAGAGCGUCUCGUUAAUUUUCUAUCUUGAUUCAGCGCACGAUAAAUUUAAACAAUUCUGAAAUCUUUUUAAAAUUUUCCACCUUUGACUUUUUCGUCACCCUCAGGUCAACUUUGUAGUUUGAAGCCCCCUGAAAAUUUAAUGUGAUUGUGAGGUGCAGCAAACUUGAUAAUUUUUAAUUUAUUAAGAAUUCUUAUAUCUAUGUACUUGAAAAUCUGACAACGUAACUAACGUUCAAAAACACAACAUUCUGAUUGUUGCCGCCGCCGUUACUGGAAAUUUUAAAUGAGAAACAACGGUCAAUUCGUAACAAUCAGAAUAUUUUGAAUCUACGUUCAGAUCAGAAUUCUUUGAAUUUCGACGAGUCAACGUGUGGCAAAAUUCGCAGCGACUUUUUGUGCUUCCCACGGUCGUCCUGUCAAACUGCCCAUGACGGACGCCCUUGAAGAGUCAUUCGGAGCAAAAUUUACACGCAGAGGAGACUCAUUCCUUAAUUGCGAACACACUCCAGACUUUUUAAAGCUCACAGUCGGAUCCUUGACACUCUUAUCAACCUCGUCGCAUCACUCAUGGACCGUGAUGCGUCCAUAGUGCCAGUGCUCUACGAGGACAACAGCAACAUUGUCAAUGUUGAUUUUUUGACCGAGCCUUUGCACAACAUGCUUCUUCAAGCGACUGCCUUGGCUUCCUCACUCCCGAAAUCAUGUACACCAUCCUUGUGAAGAACGGGAAAGCGGCCUCGUCCAAGUGGGGAAAACGAGAUCUUGCCCCCAAGCUCCGCUCCCUUCUUCAGCAGGGCCUUCCUAUGGUGGAACUCAACGUUUGAAGUUUGAAAACAGCGGCACAAGAUCUGACAGAGGCUGUCAUCAACAUACUCAAGAUCAUGUCCCACGAGACCACCAUACAGCCUGUCAGCGUCAGCUACUCUGACGUGUCAGGGAAAAUGGAUGUUUCAUUCCUCAUUGAGCCCAUCCAUUUCCUCCUCGCUCGUGACUGCCUUUCCAUGCUGACCGUGGAGGUCAUGUAUGUGACCCUGAUUAGGCAUGGCAAGGAGGCCUCACCCUCUUGGGGAAAACGAGACCUGCUUCCAAAACUGCGUGCACUAAUCAAGCAGGGACUGCCGGAGCUGCCAACGGUGACACUGGCAAAACAGCGUGAGGAGCCUCUCAAGAGGAAGGCCGAUGUUCUGCAAAAGGAGGAGAAUCUACAUCAGAGGCAGGACGAAUAUUAAUUCAUAUGAUCAACAAAAACUUUGAUAUUAAAAACCCUUAAUUUUGUUUUGAAAUAUUAAUAAUUUUAUAAAUCGUUUUCAUAAUUAUGUCUAAUAUAUUGCGGCAAGAUUUUAAAAGUAAAUUGUUCUUUAUGUCCGCAAUUUUGCCAAAAUUAUCAGAGCGCUUGAAAGCUGAACUUAAAAUUAUAUUUUAAUUAACCUACAAAAUUUAUUUUAUUAAAAGAGCAGCUCUAUAAAAAAAAAAUUAGAUUGGCUUUCAUUGUGAAUAUUUUUAGUCUUAAAAUGCUGGCAUGCGACCAUGCACCCAGACAAUAUGAUCGAGUGUGGUUAAGAGGCUACGGUUGAGAUCAAAGACGAUUGUGUCCCAUUUAUGUUCUAGACACAGGGCUGAAGAAAGCGCUUGGAGGCCCAGAAAAGGGCCGGCGUUUGAAGCGCCUUCUUCUCGUCGGUUAGAUAUAGCGAGUAAUGCAGACUG